AUGGGAGAUUUUGCUAUUAGAUUAAGAUACCCUGGAGGAAAUAAAGCAAUAACAGUUUCUCCACAAGCCACAUAUGAUGAAUUGAAGCAUUUAAUCUAUUCCCUUACAAAUAUCAUGCCUGAUUGCCAAGUAAUUAAAUCUGGAUACCCGCCAAAAGGAAUUUCUGCUGAUGAUUCUAUAAGUAUUUCUGAGCUUGGGAUAUCGUCAGGCGAAACACUUAUUAUUGAAGCUUUGCCUGAAGCUCCUAAACCAAUACCAAAACAGAAUGAAAAUAAACCUGUGCCACAGGUUCCUCCACAAAGUCAAAUUCCAAAUAGAGAUGGAAAAGUAAUGAUAAGGAGAAUUAUCCCAGCUGAUAACUCUUGUUUGUUUAAUUCAGUAGGGUAUGCAAUGGAAGGAAGACAAAAACAUAUGGGAGAGUAUCUUAAUUUCGAGACGGAAAUUAAAAUAUUUUAAUUUACAAUAAAAAAUAUAUAUUAAAAAAUUUUUUUCAAAUUAUUAAUAGGAGUUAGAAGUAUUAUUGGAGUUUUUGUAGAAAGCGACCCAGUAAAUUUCAACGAAGUCAUGCUAGGAAAGCAAGUUGAGGACUAUAUUAAUUGGAUAAAACAGCCGAAUUCGUGGGGAGGAGCUAUUGAGCUUGCAAUUUUGUCUAAUUAUUAUCAAGUAGAAAUUGCAGCUGUGUCUGUACAAAAUGCUAGGGUGGAUCUUUUUGGGGAAGAUGGAGGGUAUAAUAAUAGGAUUUAUGUGAUUUAUGAUGGGAUCCAUUAUGAUGUGUUAGUGAGGAAUAGGAGCGAAGAUUCACCUGAAGACCAAGACGAAACAUGUUUUAGUCAAAAUGAUCAAGAAGCUUAUCAAGGCGCGGUAUUUUUAGCAAAUGAUAUGAGGAAUAGAAGACAGUUCACAGAUCUUGCAAAUUUCGAUUUGAUGUGUGGAGUGUGCAAUAAAGGGCUUAAAGGAGAAAGCGAUGCACUGGAGCACUGCAAAACUACUGGACAUACUAAUUUUCAAGAAAUUCAUAAGUAA